ACACACACACACACACACACACACAUACACAUACAGACACACACUCUCAAACAAAUACAUAACCACAUUAGAACUUUCUACAGAACUAACAGAGCUGUCCGCAUGUUCUUCACUCAGAUUCCUCUCCCACCAACCUCUCCCCUGUUUCUUUUGGAUGUUUCAGUGACAAAUUGCUGAGGAAGCCCUGCUAGUUAUCCUCACUCCGGAUGCCAAGGUGAGAAGGAAACAAGGAGACAAGGGAAUAAGGACGAGGAAAAGGAGACAGACAUUCCAUCACAGCCCCUGUGGAGCUGCAGCAGGGACGAGCCUACCAGCCGUGAUUUCUAAUCGUGAAGAAAGGCAGAGCUGCGAGGAGUACGCAGGUAUGCAAGGAAUGAGUCCGCUGAGAGGUUUCCCCUGGCUUUUGAUAUGCCUCUUUGCAGCAGCUGUUUGUGCAGGUGUGGGUGGUGCAAAGGUCGACAAUGUGUCGUCAGAAAUCUGUCGUCAUCCAUGUGAGGAGCUGGUGGCUUUGAUCACAGAGAUCCAUGGCCUACGUAUUGUGACCAGCAGCCUACUUGAAGAUCUGGAGAGAGUAUCAAGAGAAAAUGAAGAGAUGCGUAUAUCUUUGGCUGACCUGAGCAGCAGCAGCAGUAACAGUGGCUACAGACACAAUGGCAACAGUAACAGCAGCAGCAGAAACAAUGGCAACAGUAACAGCAACAGCAGAAACAAUGGCAACAGUAACAGCAACAGCAGAAACAAUGGAAACAGUAACAGCAACAGCAGCAACAGCAGAAACAAUGGCAACAGUAACAGCAGCAGCAGAAACAAUGGCAAUAGUAACAGCAACAGCAGAAACAAUGGCAACAGUAACAGCAACAGCAGCAACAGCAAAAACAAUGGCAACAGUAACAGUAACAGCAGCAACAGCAGAAACAAUGGCAACAGUAACAGCAACAGCAGCAACAGCAGAAACAAUGGCAACAGUAACAGUAACAGCAGCAACAGCAGAAACAAUGGCAACAGUAACAGCAACAGCAGCAACAGCAGAAACAAUGGCAACAGUAACAGCAACAGCAGAAACAAUGGCAACAGUAACAGCAACAGCAGAAACAAUGGCAACAGUAACAGCAACAGCAGCAACAGCAGAAACAAUGGCAACAGUAACAGCAACAGCAGAAACAAUGGCAACAGUAACAGCAGCAGCAGAAACAAUGGCACCAGAAUCAGUGGCAGCAGAAACAACGGCUACAGUAACAAUGGCCACAGUAACAAUGGCUACAGUAAUAAUGGCUACAGUAAUGACAGUAAUAAUGGCAGCAGUAAUGACGGAAGCAGCAAUCACGGCAGCAGCAGCAGCAGCAGCAGCAGCAGCAGCAGAGGUGGUGGUGUAGAUGGUGCUGGUGCUGAUGAUGGUGGUGGUUUUGAUGGUUUUGAUGGUUUUGAUGGUUUUGGUGGUUUUGAUGGUUUUGAUGGCUUUGGUGGUUUUGAUGGUUUUGACGGUUUUGGUGGUUUCGGCGGCGGCGGCGGUGAUGACAACGAUCUUGACAUAGACAGAGACGGGGAGGUCUGGUGUGUGCAGGAUGGACGAGUGUACGAGCAAGGGGAGCAUUGGGAGUUUGACAGCUGCACCUCCUGUUCUUGCCGGGAUGGAAAGGUGGUGUGUCAGCAGGUGGCUUGCCCUCCUGUAUCCUGCAUAAAUCCGUCCUUUAUUGAUGGAAAGUGCUGUCCUGUCUGUCUCAAUAAUGAAGAUGGCUGGUCCCCAUGGUCUGAGUGGACCCACUGCUCUGUCACCUGUGGACGUGGAGGGCAGCAAAGGGGCCGAUCCUGCAAUGGCAUCAUGCCAUCCUGUACCGGCCCGUCAGUUCAAACCCGGAGCUGCAUGCUGAUCAAGUGUGACCGCAAGGUGCGUGCUGAUGGGAACUGGGGCCUUUGGUCUCCUUGGUCUGCGUGCACAACCACAUGUGGUGAAGGAAAUAUUACACGAGUACGUCUGUGCAACAACCCUCCACCACAGAAGGGGGGCAGAGGGUGCCCAGGCAGCGCCAGGGAGACACAGUCUUGCAACAACACACUCUGCCCCAUUGCUGGAGGAUGGACAACCUGGACUGAAUGGUCACUGUGCUCAGAGUCUUGUGGAGGAGGCCUUUCAAUCCGCCAGAGAAAGUGUUUGAAACCUGCCCCUCAGAAUGGUGGGAAGCCUUGUGCUGGAGAUGCUGUGGACUAUGAAUCUUGUAACAGACAACCAUGUCCUAUAGACACGUGUUUGCUGUCAAAUCCAUGUUUUCCUGGUGUGAAGUGCACAUCAUAUGCUGAUGGAUCAUGGGAAUGUGGACGCUGUCCAUUGGGUUUAAAUGGCAAUGGCACUCACUGUGAAGAUGAGAAUGAGUGUGAAGUGGAGGGUGUGUGUGUUACAGAGUGUGUAAACACAGACCCUGGAUUCUACUGUCUGCCCUGUCCUCCUCGCUAUAAAGGCACACAGCCAUAUGGCCUUGGAAUGCAGGAAGCUCAGAAAACCAGGCAGGUGUGUGAACCAUACAAUCCUUGCAAAGACAACACACACACCUGCCACAAGUACGCUGAGUGCAUUUACCUGGGCCUGGCAUCUGAGGUCUUGUACAAGUGUAUGUGUGCUGUUGGGUUUGCCGGUGAUGGCUUUUUGUGCGGUGAGGACUCUGAUCUGGAUGGCUGGCCCAAUUACAGAUUGCCCUGCAAGCAAAAUGCAACCUAUCACUGUCAAAAGGAUAAUUGCCCCAUGCUGCCAAACUCUGGACAGGAAGACCUGGACAUGGACGGACAGGGAGACGCCUGUGAUCCUGAUGAUGACAACGAUGACAUCAUAGACGAGAGGGACAAUUGCCCGCUGGUCUACAACCCUCGGCAGUUUGACUCUGACAGAGAUGGGGUCGGGGACCGCUGUGACAACUGUCCGUUUGAUAGCAACCCACUGCAGACAGACACUGAUGACAACGGAGAGGGAGACGCCUGCAGCAUUGACAUAGACGGAGAUGAGGUUCUGAAUGACCGUGACAACUGUCCCUUAGUCUACAACACUGACCAGAGGGACACAGACCUGGACGGUGUUGGAGACCAGUGUGACAACUGUCCCCUUCUGCACAACCCACUCCAGCUUGACUCUGACAGUGACCUGGUGGGGGACAUGUGCGACGACAACGAGGACAUCGAUGAGGACGGCCACCAAAACUCUCUAGACAACUGUCCCUACAUCGCCAAUAGCAACCAGGCUGACCACGAUAACGACGGGAAAGGAGAUGCCUGUGACCACGACGAUGACAAUGACGGUAUUCCCGACGACCGGGACAACUGCAGACUGGUGCCCAACAGGGACCAGCUGGACUCUGAUGGUGAUGGCAGCGGAGAAGCAUGUUUUGAUGAUUUUGACAAUGACAGUAUUCCAGAUGCGCUGGAUCCAUGUCCACUGAACCAGGAUAUUGGGUCUACAGACUUCAGGAAGUUUCAGGUUGUUUUGUUGGACCCAAAAGGCACAACGCAGUCCGACCCCCUCUGGGUGAUCCGUAGCCAGGGCACAGAGUUGCUGCAGACGGCCAACUCGGACCCUGGCAUCGCUUUAGGAUAUGACAAGUUCAGUGCGGUAGACUUCAGUGUGACGUUUUAUGUGAACACCAACCGAGAUGACGACUACGCGGGCAUUGUGUUCGCCUACCAGUCCAGUCGCCGUUUCUAUGUUGUCAUGUGGAAACAGGUGUCUCAGGCGUACUGGGAGAAAAAGCCAUCUAAAGCUUUUGGCACAGCGGGAGUCUCCAUCAAACUGGUCAACUCCACCACAGGACCGGGGGAGUAUCUACGCAAUGCCCUCUGGCACACCGGAAACACCAGAAACCAGGUCAGAACAUUGUGGCAUGACCCCAAUAAAAUUGGCUGGAGGGACUUCACAGCCUACCGCAUGCACCUUAUCCACCGACCCAAGACUGGGUUCAUCAGGGUGGUGGUGUAUGAGGGCAGGGAGAUUUUGUCCGACUCGGGGGCGGUGUACGACCACACCCUGGCUGGAGGCAGACUGGGACUGUUUGUCUUCUCUCAGGAACACGUCCUCUUCUCAGACCUCAGAUAUGAGUGCAGAGGUGAGAGAUCCUGUCAAAACCUUUAACCUGACUACUGA